AUGCCUUCAUCUGAUCCCUCGACUGGGAUUGAGGCCAAGGAAUUCGAAGAGCCUAAACAACCUGUGCAAAAGCACCCCAGACAGGUCACUACUGGUCCUGUUACAGGCUCUCUUGAGGGCUCUCUUGAGGGCUCUCUCCCGGGUUCCAUUUCAGGAUCCUUCAAAGCUGCUUCAAGACCUUCCGCUACUCCUAUUCCACAUCAAGGCAUGUCCACUCUCACUAGGCUUAUUCAUGAACAUAAGGUGAUGCCUCAGAGUGCUUCUUCCGUGACGGCCGCAACUUCUGGCUCCAAUCCUGCAUUGUCUUUAUCUUCCUCUUCAGCGGGUAUCCAACAAAAUGAAUACACUAAAACCAUCACUACCACUGUUUCUCUUAAAGACAUUUCUCCAGAUGAGGAAGAUAACGGAGAUGGUAAUGGCUUUGUACACGUCAUCAGUGCCAAUGCUAAUACUACUGAUGAUGAGGCCGAUGUCGAUGACGAGUUGACCUACGAUCCACGCAUAACACCUCAGAAUGAUCGCAGAAAGAGUACCAUCACGCGGGUUACCAGUGGAAAUGGUGCCAAUAAUAUUGGUGGAAUCUCUCCAACCAUCAAUUACCAUGCUAUACCUGUCAGAGUGAACACUAAUUUCACUUCGGAUAACCCAGCUGUGGAGGCAAGGACCCCGGGAGGAAUCUCGUCCCACACUGGUAGCUAUUAUCCACGGCAAUCUCCUGGUUCUGUUUCAUCCCUGCGCAGAGCUGGCUCCUAUUUAUCUGGAUCCUACACUUCUCUUUCGAAUAUGAUUCCUUACUCUGCACCUGGUACCAAAAACGAACAUUUGAGCUCCUCGAUCUCUUCCAUAAGUAACUUUCUCAUGCCUUCUAAUGGCCAGAUCAUAACAGGUAAUCAUAUCUCGUCUCCCACUGUGACCUCGCCCACCCAACUCGAUGCUAGAUUCAUUGUCUCCAAACAGAAGAUCCAGAAAACUCAGGUGAUUCCUUCAAAAUCCAGCAGUUCUUUAGCCAACUUCUUUUCGAGGUCUCGCCGUGGUACCGUAAACAAUUUUGAUCAAUCAAUGCCCUCUUCUCCUUCGGCAAAUCACCUUCAUACUUACGAUGUGUCACAUUCUCCAUCCUCUUCGCAAUCCAGUACAGAAAGUAACAACAGCGCUUUAACGACUCGUCAUUCAUCCAUGGCAGAUUUGCGCCAUUUCUUUAAAAAGUCAUUGUCCUUUAACGCCAGCUCUCCUCUGUCAACUUCCCCUUCUUCACCGCACGUCUCAAAGUUGAGUGCCGGGUUAGUGGCACAACGUCAGAUGAGUAUAUCGGGUCAGCAUAUUUCAGCACAGAACAAUUCUCCAGUGUCUCAAUCUCCUCACUCGUUGCAUAUGAGAUCCAACUUUUUUCUGGAACAACCUCCUCAGCCUUCCCCUGCUUAUAGUCCCUCUUAUAGAGCAUCCCCUCAGGACGAUAUUGGCACCUCUUUAACAGCUUAUCAACAAUCGCCUGGUGGUAACCCCAUCGGUGUUACUGCACUUCCAAGUUCCUUAGGCUCCUCUAUUACCUCGGGUCUCACUGCAUCUGCAUCUACCUCCGCCACAGGCCUAUCAUCUUAUCAGGUAUCUGUAGGCGGUAAUAUGACCCCCGAGAUUCCUUUCAAUAAGAGAUACACUAAAUUUGGUGAUAAUUUGGGUCAAGGAGCUGGUGGUAUGGUGAAGUUGGUCAAACGAGUUAGGGACGGAAAAGUGUUUGCUGUAAAGGAGUUUCGCUCGAGAUUUCCUCAUGAAGGCAAAAGGGACUACACAAAGAAGAUCACCAGCGAAUAUUGCAUUGGUUCUACAUUAAAGCAUCCAAACGUUAUUGAGACUAUUGAAAUUGCAUAUGAGAGUGAUCACAUGUAUCAGGUGAUGGAGUACUGUGAUUAUGAUCUCUUUGCUAUCGUCAUGUCCUCCAAGAUGAGCACUGAUGAAAUUAAUUGUUGCUUCAAACAGAUACUCAACGGUGUCCGGUACAUCCACUCUAUUGGUUUGGCUCACAGAGAUCUCAAAUUGGAUAACUGUGUUGUUAGUAAGGAAGGUAUAGUAAAGAUCAUCGACUUUGGUUCUUCCGUGGUGUUCCAGUAUCCACUGUCCCAAAAUCUUGUGGAGGCCUCUGGAAUAGUUGGAUCUGAUCCCUAUCUAGCCCCCGAGGUGUGCGUGUUCUCGAAGUAUGAUCCAAGACCAGUAGAUAUCUGGUCAUGUGCUAUCAUUUAUUGCUGUAUGGUGCUCAAAAAGUUCCCAUGGAAAGUUCCAAAGCUUAGUGAUAGCAGCUUUAAGAUGUUUGCGUCAAGAGAGCCUGGUGUUACGUUUGGGGAGCUUUUGAAGAGGGUUCCUCCUCCUCCUUCUUAUGAUGAGUUAGAAGAAGAUGCCGAGAUAAUCGACGCCAAAUCCGCUUCUACUAUAUCGGAUACUGACAUAGUGCACCAGAGAUCGAAACUGAAUGCGUAUGCAGAGCCCGUAGUUUCAAAGAAAUCUUCAGAAGGCUCUGAUUGUUCACCUACUUCAAUCAAGGAUCAAUCACCCAGCGAUAAUGAUUCCAAUGAUACUGCUGCUGCCAAGCAUACCUCCAAUGUGAUGGGAGAAGAUAGGUUACUUGAUGCGCUGCCUGAGGAAGUUCGUCCGUUGAUUGGAAAGAUGGUUCAACUUGCACCGGCCUGCAGAGUAUCUAUAGACGACUGUUUCAAUGACUCCUGGUUCAGUCAAGUGGAGACUUGCCGUGUGGUUGACGAGAAUGGAGAGGACUCAUGUGAUGGUGAGCUAAUGACUGCCAGAAACCAUACGCACACACAGGUUGACCAGAGUGUUGCACAUAUUGCUGCUUUAGAGAGAAACCGGCGUAAAAAUAAAAAAUAA